GUGUUUGUGCAAUAACACCUGCAAUAAACGACAUUACCCCAAUAAACGAAUUAGGAAAACCAACUCUGGACGCUAAUGGAUCACUUUGUAUGCAAAUAUCCGAUAUGUUAUUUGAGCGGGGGAAAGAAGGGAGGGCUCUUGUUGUCACUUGCCACCCAAGACGUGAUUCAGCCUCAACAAUUACCAUUAUCUGUUUCCCACUUUUCACGAAAUCGGACGAAUCAGUAAUGAUGAAGAGUGUUACCCUCCAUCAUUGUGAAAGUAACGGGCUAUUCUUUGCCGAGUUCACACCUACCAUUACAGGGAUUUAAGUACACGAGUCAUUGAGGUACUUAGAACCCAUAAGUAGGAGAGGCCUGAAAGCAGCCAGCAAGUGCUGUUUAUAUAAACACCGCGACAUCAGUGUACACAUUGUCACUUGGAUGCGCGUCUUGAAAACGCACACAUCACUUCAGCACUGCGACUGAGGAUAGCUCUUCAACACCGAGAACCAGUCCUGGAACUAACAGCACUCCAGCGCUACAGAUGGCUAUUUCGAACAAGUUCAGUUUCACUGUGAGAAGUAUUUUGGAUUUGCCAGAAAACGACUCCGAAAGCAUCGCGCACCAUUCUCCAGUGGACACGUUUUCCGUCUCACCUUACUCGUCUUGGACUGAAAACGACAGAGGACAUAUAUCAUCAGACGAGAGCAACCUUGAGGCUUCACCAGACUCCACGGGCCAAGAUGUGCUUUCAGUGGAUACAGAGCAUGAAAAGAGGAAGAAGCGACGCGUGUUAUUCUCCAAGGCUCAAACUUAUGAACUGGAGAGACGCUUUCGUCAGCAGCGGUACCUGUCCGCUCCGGAACGAGAGCAGCUCGCGCACCUGCUACGUCUCACGCCCACGCAGGUCAAGAUCUGGUUCCAAAACCACAGAUACAAAAUGAAGAGAGCGCGGAUAGAGUGCGCUCAGGACCUCAAUCAGCCUCCGGUUUUGCGCAGGGUCGUGGUGCCCAUUUUGGUCCGAGAUGGCAAACCGUAUCAGAACUGCUCAAUCGAUGCAGAAAAAGGAAGAUGCAUCGUUCCACCAACAGUACCAUCCUCAUCCUUCAGCGUUCAAGGUUUCCACUCUUUACAGCAGCAGACGCCCUUUGCGCUUUUCCCCACAUACCAGCACUUUACCAACACAGCGGCCUCCCGUCACCACUUUUGUGUUUGGUGAGACUCACUUAAACUAACCACACGAACUAUUUCGAGACUUACCCCACAGGACAGCGCAUGGAUUCAAGUGCAUUCAAGUUGUUUUUAAUUAGCCUACAUAAAGUCUUUGGUCUAUUAAAGUAGAAACUUUCAGCGUUGAUAUAAAAUUCAUAAAUAAAUGCUGUUUGCACAUAUUAUGUGAUCUAUUUAGUUUUGGUUUGGCCAGUUGCGUUUUGCAAAUUGUUUGUGUAUUAAUUGAUGAUGUGUAUAAUUGGUUAGAUAGUGUAUUUUUGAUCAAUUUGUAUUUGUUUUAAACCAAAAGUUUAUAUAUCAGUGAGAAAAAAAUAUAUGUUUUAUACAGUGAACA